AUGUCAGAUUUAGAAUCGAUCUCAUCGUAUGACUCGUCUCAAUCUUCAAACACUGGGUUAGAAGAUACUCAACCACAGCAAUAUAUUUAUCAAUCUGUCUCGAGGCAGUCUCGAGAUGACCUUCAAUCAUCUAUUAAUUCCUAUUUAACCACCACUCCAACAAAUAGAUCUUCGAAUGCCUCUACAAACCAAAGGUUAAAAUUGGUCAAGACAGAAACUGUCAAAUCUCUGAUAGACAUGGGUGUGUCGUCGUAUAUUCCUAAUCCGGCUAUCAAUGCACCCAAGACCUCUAAAAAGGCAAUUUUCCCGGAAGAAUAUACUUUAGAAACCGAGACAGGGUUGGUUCCUGUUUCCACUCUACAUUCUCUAGGUAGAACGAAUACAAACUUGUCAAGACAAAGAACAAGACAUACUCUUUCUAGAAGAAACACUAGAAUUGCCAGCUCAGCCCAACAUGAUACAACGUUGGAAAAAAAAAUUACCAUCAAUUCAACUUCAUCUUCCUCAUCUAUCGAUAAACAAGAACAAUCGUUUUCUAAUAAGGUUUCACCACAACAAUCACCAGAAUCAUUCACCCAUAAGAUAGUUUCUCACUUUAUAGAUGAAUCGGACAACGAUCUUGAGUCUCAAGGUGAAUUGAAUGAAAUAGACCCUGAGAUCGAGUUUGUUACUUUUGUGACAAAUGAUCCAGAAAAUCCACAUAAUUGGCCUCUUUGGUUACGUUGGGUAUAUACAAUCACUUUAUCCAUGUUAGUUAUUUGUGUAGCUUAUGGUUCGUCUUGUAUUACUGGUGGUCUUUUCACCGUACAGGAAAAAUUCCAUGUUGGUUCAGUUGUUUCCAUUCUAUCAUGUUCAUUAAUGGUUUUAGGGUUUUCAUUUGGUCCUUUGAUCUGGUCCCCCAUGAGUGAUAUCUAUGGUAGAAGAUUAACUUAUUUUGUUUCAAUGGGUCUUUAUGUUAUUUUCAAUAUUCCUUGUGCUAUUCCAAAUAAUAUUGCCACUUUAAUGAUCUGUAGAUUCUUUUGUGGUGUUUGGUCAUCCUCUGGUCUUUGUUUAGUCGGUGGGUCCCUGGCUGAUAUGUUCCCCAGUGAAACAAGAGGUCGUGCCAUUGCAUUCUUUGCAUAUGCUCCUUAUUGUGGUCCAGUCUUUGGUCCUUUAGUUAAUGGGUUUAUUUCCAUCUCUACAAGAAGAAUGGAUUUGAUCUUUUGGGUUAAUAUGGCAUUUGCAGGUGCUAUGUGGAUAAUUGUUGCUUUAAUUCCUGAAACUUUUGCUCCAGUUAUCUUGAAGAAAAGAGCUGCCAAGUUAAGAAAGGAAACUGGUAAUCCAAAGAUUAUGACUGAACAAGAAGCUCAAGGUAUUGAGUUUAGUGCCAUGAUGAAAGAUUGUGUCAUUAGACCUUUAUAUUUUGCUGUCACUGAACCUGUCUUGGAUUUAACUUGUUUCUAUGUUUGUUUGAUUUAUUCUUUAUUAUAUGCCUUUUUCUUCGCAUUCCCAGUUAUAUUUGGUGAAUUAUAUGAUUAUAAAGAUAAUUUAGUAGGGUUAAUGUUGAUUCCUAUUUUAAUUGGUGCAUCUUUAGCUUUGGCUACCACUUUUUAUUGUGAAAACGUUUAUUUAGCCAUUAUUCGUAAGAGAAAACCUACCCCUGAAGAUCGUUUAUUAGGUGCUAUGAUUGGUGCUCCAUUUGCUGCUGCUGCCCUAUGGAUAUUAGGUGCAACAUCUUAUAAACAUAUUAUUUGGGUUGGUCCAGCUUCCUCUGGGUUAGCCUUUGGUUAUGGUAUGGUUUUAAUUUAUUAUUCAUUAAACAAUUAUAUCAUUGAUUGUUAUGCUCAAUAUGCAUCUUCAGCUUUAGCCACUAAAGUGUUUUUAAGAUCUGCUGGUGGUGCUGCCUUCCCUUUAUUCACUCCACAAAUGUAUCACAGAUUAGGUUUACAAUGGGCAAGUUGGUUAUUAGCAUUCAUUUCAACUGCUAUGAUUUUAUUCCCAUUCUCCUUUUACGUGUAUGGUAAAGGUUGGAGAAAAAACUUAUCUAAAACUGAUUAUUCAUUUGAUGCAUUAGAAGAAGCUGAAGAUGAAUUUUAA